AAAACCGUUAUUUCUGUCCGUUGGCGCUAAAGCCGCCGCACCAUCCACUUCUGCUCCGCUAGUAGUACUAGUACUCGAUCGUCGACAUCCAUGCAGCAACAGCACACAUCUCUCAUUUGUUCGUCCAAGAUCUGCAAUAGUUAAUAGUUGAAUACGACUGUCUGAAUCCUUACUCUUCCAUCACCAUCCACAAUAAUCGCAGCGAUUCCAGUAGCCGACUGUGGGGCAUCUUUGUGUUGGGAUCCUUCAGGCACUCUUUCACAAGCGGUGGAAACUUGGUCAUCGUUUCGGACAAUGACGACAGUUGCCAACCCGUCUGUUUCCACUACGACAGCGACGGGAGGACCAUCUCCGAUGGAUUCAUCGAAUACCACCACGAUCAGCCAAAAGACGCAUCAAGGCUCCACGGCAGCAGCUGCACUGAGUAACCCAGUUCGGACAUCUGAGCACCUUCGACAUUUGACGGAACCUGCACCCAGCUCUAUGGUCCUGACAGCUUCUCUCCAGCUUUUAACUGGACCGUUGGUACCACCACACAAUGUCUACUUGAUGACACCCCAGUAUCUCCAAAACUGGCUCAAUUGGGCGUACUGCCAAGCCGUGGGACCUGGAGAAAAGGAGCGCACCAAGGAAGUGCUACGAUUGGCUGCCCUUCGACACAGUCUGGCUCCUCCCAAUCAAGAUAGUCAAUACGCAAAUCCUGGUCCCAUCAAUGCCAAUGAGCUUUCGAUGCAGGGGCAUCCGUUAUUACUGAGGCCCGACGCUUCUGUAUUGGUGCAGCCGUCCUCGGGUACGGCUUCCGUUGCUAAUGCAGCCGACGACUACACACCGUCGGCCCUCAGACGCGCUACCAGCCUACCCAGCCAUAAAAAGACUGGAGGUUAUUUAGAUGCUGUCUUAUCUGCCAGCAAUAAUCAUGCCAUCAAUGGUGAUAACGGCAAUUCGGAGUACAGGAGUUGUGCUGUUCCUGAGGUAUUCUACGAGACCCUUCGUGCAGUACAUGGUGUCAUUUGUGAAGACGGCUACACGGUCCUGUUCCAACCCUUCGAAUCAGGACUUGGCAACUUGAUUCAUCACCAUCAAAACGGAUAUCCCACCAAUUCACAACAGAAUUCUGGCUCCCAUCCCACGCUCCGUCCCGUCGAGUUUCGACGAAAGAUUAUUCUACAACCAGCAAACCUAGUCGUCAACAACGAGGAACCCAAAGACUUGAUGGAACGGCUCAUGCAGGAAGAACAACGAAUACAGGCGGCACAACAACUCAUGCCAGCAGUAGAGGUGCACCCAAUCAAGGUUUGCUAUUCCAUUGUCUCCCAGGAACAGUUGCAACCGCCUAUGUCGCCUUCGGGCGCCGAAAGUCACGAUGGCUUUGUCCUCGUCUCGCAAGAUGAAUCCGCCUUUCAUACUUUGCAAUCACUCAUGAAAGUAACAGCUCCCAAAAAGGCAUCUACCUGUGUGCGAAUCUGGAGUCAGCGAAUGACGGUUCAAACGGCCCGAUACGAAGUGGUGCAUUUGGAAGAUCUCGAAGUGGUGGAAAAGGCACCGACACCAGCCGACGAGGAUGCUACCUCGGUGAAUGUACGAAAACGACACAUCUCUUUGGGAGAGUGGCUUUCCACACAUCAAGCGGAUCCAUCGCAUACACAGUUAAAAGUGCUAGUGGAAACAAGAAAGACUUCGUUAUCCGAGUGGCCAAGGCAAUCGUUGAAAUUUGAAAAUCGAAUCAAGAUUGGAGACUUUGUGGAUGCUCAGGAUAGUUCAGGCAAGUGGUACGAAUCGGUUGUUUGCGAUCUGGCGGAGGACACUGUGACAGUCCACUAUUUGGGUUGGGCUUCGAGGUGGGAUUCGACCCUGAAAAGACGGAGAAAUGGAAAGGCAGUAGAAGGAAUCAUGCAGAGGCUCCAAGAACCUUGUCCUCUGUGGACCAAGACUGCCAGAUGGCGUGAAAGAAUACGAGUGGGAGAUAUAAUUGAAGUGAGAGAUUCGUCCUCUCUGGCGACGAGGCCGCGAUGGUAUCGCGGGGAAGUAAAGAAAGUUGGUAAACCAACCGAUAUGGUGAGACCGCUGACCUGCGGAGCUGAACUAGAGAAGCACGAGUUUGAAGGGCAUGAAAAGGGGGAAAUCCUCCUCCUCAAACAAAUUCAACAGAUUCUCGUGGAAGUCAGCGAAGAACGUGCACGGAAAGCGCUUUCACCCAAUGCGGUUGGUGACGAUGGGGGAGAUUUACAAGAUCCCUUUCUUCGGUGGACCAAUCUUUACGGUGAAGAAAUCUGCGAGAUCGGAACGCAUCUUAAAAACAUUGGUGUCCCCAGCAACCAUCCAGCUACCCUGAACUACGAUUUCGACCCAAGAAGGAAACCAGUCGAGAUUAUGAAGAACAACAAUUUGCAUGGGGCUGGAUUUGUUCGCGAGUCUCUUCGAGGAGUACCCCCGGCACCUGGCUCUGUUGGUUUGCACAAUCUGGGGAACUCUUGCUUUUUGAAUUCCAUCGUGCAGUGCUUAAAUCACGUGGAACCGCUGAGACCGUACUUCUUAAAAGAUUGGUACCUGUCCGACAUCAACAAGAAAAACCCGCUUGGGAGUGGAGGGCACGUUGCGGCUGCUUAUGCAUCGCUUCAAAAGAAAAUGUGGGGAGGAGAAUAUUCUGUGCUUGUACCCAGGGUGUUGAAACAAACGGUGGCAAACUUUGCCCCACAAUUCGACAAUUCGUAUCAGCAUGAUAGCCAUGAGUUCUGCCAGUUUUUGAUGGAUGGACUGCACGAAGACCUGAACAAAGUCAAAGUGAAACCCUACGUUGAAGAAUUGGAAGGAUUUGGCAUGGAAGACGAAGUUGCCGCCAUGGAAUCCUGGAAGAAGCAUUUGCUCCGGCACGACAGCAUGAUUGUGGACCGAUGCCAAGGAAUGCACCGUAGUCAUUUGACUUGCCCUGUGUGUGGUCGCGAAAGCAUCAAGUUUGACGUUUAUUCUUCCAUUUCGCUGCCGCUCCCGCAGACAAAGGACAAAACCAAUCUGAGGCUGGAAGACUGCAUAGAGCAGUUCAUGGAAGGCGAGCAACUUGAUGAGAUGAACGCCUGGUAUUGCCCCAGGUGCAAGAAACACGUCUGUGCUUUAAAAAUGAUUGCGGUUUGGUCCGUUCCUGACAUCCUAAUCCUGCACCUGAAACGAUUUACCUUCAACACAUGCGCCCAGAGUGGACAGGUCGUUCGAUCAAAGAUUGAUUACAAGGUAGACUUUCCCAUCGAAACGAUUGACAUGACUAAGUUUGUUUUGGGUCCGUACGACAAGGACGCACCUCCAAUCUACAAGCUCAUUGGAGUAAGUGAGCACGUGGGGACCACUGCGAACAGCGGCCAUUACACCGCAACAGUCCGGAACAGCGUCGAUGGCAUGUGGUACCGUUGUAACGAUUCCCACAUUGGCAGAACCUCUGGUGAAGCAGCCGUGACCGGUGGCGCUUACCUUCUGUUCUACCAGCGAAAGACUGGUCUUUCGCGAUGGGCGGGUAUGGAGAGCGCAAUGCAGGAGCAGAAAGAAGGCUUCACGAAAGUCAAGACCAAGAAAACUCGAAGGAAACCGAAGGGGUAGAUUUGUCCAGUCCUGUCGUUCCGUGUGGGGAAGAGAUUCGAAAUGUACGGAGGCAACGGGGCGCGGUUUGAAGCAACGAGUUUUUGAGCAUUCUGUACAUCAUGCAAUCUACGACUUCUCGCGAAGCAGAACUGAGCGUGUCACAUACAUGUACAGUUGCGCCAGACCUUGCAAGUCGUAAUGUAGCACGUCGUGUGUAAAGUUAGUUCCUCAUUCCAUACCUUGUCUUGAGGUUUAAGAAUGGGAGCCGGGAAGGGAACAAGCAGGCGAAUAAGCAGCAAGCAAGACGCGCGUGAAAGCAAUGUUGAACGUAGAUCUUUUCAAGUUGUUCAUUCCUUCUAAAGGAUUUUGGAGAGGAGUCCAUCUUCGUUACUGGUGCUGACGUGUUAGGUUCUCUUCGUCAUGGCAUGAAGGGCACCGGCACAGCAUUCCGUGUGCGCCCACUUCCAUCCUCAACAAUGCAUCUCACCGUAUUAGAUUCGAUUCUUGGCAGCGUUCCCUUGGCACAUUCAUCGACUGGAAUCCAUGGCGCAUUGGGCGGAUAGUUUGCAAUUCUGGCUGUGUGGACAAGUCACGAGACCACCAGGUUUCCGUCGUUCAUCGCGUUGCUCGAAAAUGGCUCAUUCGUCAUUAUGAUCGUCGACUAAUCAACCAUAUACCGGUCUCCGCCCACUUCGGUUCUGGCACCUCAACUGUUAACUUCGUCGGAACCCUCCACAGCCCUGAAUAUUCCUUCAACGGUGGAGACAAAGCUAGUUUGGCCACCUCCGCCAUUCGUUUUCUACUCGCUUUCCAACAUAUUGUCCACACUAUUGCUCAGUUUGGACAUGGACCAGGAAUACGACUGUACAUAGCUUGGAUAUUCCUUGUUCGUGAAUGAGCGGAAACUUCGUUUCAUUUGAGCUUCGUCGUCCCAGUGAAGAACAAUCGUCAAGUCAAAAUCACUCAACCGCGGCCUCUUGCCAGAACGAGUUGGAUAGUCGUUAUCCUGCAAAUCGGAUUCCUCUUCUGCCAUGGUCUCCUUAUUACCUGAUGCCUUCCUCUUUCUCUCCGUCUCAGACAACCUGGCUACUGUAGUGACUAGCUAGCUAGUCGGGAGAAUGCAAAACUGCCAAAAGGCAAAAAGUAUCUUUUUGCGUGACUCAAAAAAGAUCCGAAUACUCGUGAUUGCACGA